GACCGCUCGGCCAUCCUGACAUAUUUAAGUCGCUCUUCAUUAUCCCUUAAAACGGUUGUUACUCAAUGUUUACAUGCAGAAUUUGCAUACAAAUGCCAUUAUUUAGAUUUUUAACCGGGUUUACAACCGGGUCUAUUUCCUGUACUCUCAUUAUAACUAACGACUGGUGACAAUUCCCAGAGAGUAUUUUUAGUUACAUGCUUGCUAACUAGCUAGCUUAGCUUAGCUACCUAGCAAGCGGUAACCAUUAUACUGUAGGGCUACUCACUCGUACAGAUGUAUACGGUUCUUUGGGGUGUGCUUAACAUUAAACAUGUAGUUAAACUUGAACUUUAUUGAAAGCGAAUUUUAGAAAUCGACUGAGGUCCCUGGUGGAUUGUUGAAAACAAUGGCAGCCUCUCCACCUCCCAACUUUUCUUGGGUUGAAUCCCAUAAAUUAGCUGGACUGGGAAUGCCAAGGAUGCCAGCCCAUUAUCAAUUCUUACUGAAUAACGGAAUCAAACAUUUAAUCACUCUGUCUGAAAGAAAGCCCCCUUACCACGACUCGUGUCCAGAGCUGACUAUGCAUCACAUUAGAAUACACGAUUUCUGUGCUCCAACUUUUGAUCAAAUCAAGCGCUUCUUGUCCAUAGUGGAGGAGGCCAAUUCAAAAGCAGAGGGGGUCGCAGUGCACUGUUUGCAUGGCUUUGGAAGAACCGGAACUAUGCUGGCCUGCUACUUAGUGAAGAGCAGAAAAAUCAGUGGGAUCGAUGCCAUUAAUGAAAUUAGAAGGAUACGCCAUGGUUCUAUUGAAACUCGAGAGCAGGAGCAAAUAAUCAUUCAGUUUUAUCAGCAAAAUAAAUGUUGAUUUGUAUGAAGAACUAUGUCAAGUCUUUUACCUUAAGGGUGUCAAUAAAGUAUAUGAAAUGGCUAUGCAAACACAA